AUGGUCCGUGUUUCGAUUUCACUGAUGAAGGUCCUUAUUUUCUCGAAUUUUGUGAUCCUUUGUUGUAGUGCUAAAAAUGACACAAUAAAGAAGGUAAAACACCGGAUCAACACCACUGAAUGUUCGUGGAAAAUUCGUGGUCAACGUUAUUUCUAUGGCAACGUAACCAUGCACGAGUUUCCAGAUUCUUCGUACAACAAUGGUCCUCACAAGUAUGGGGUUUGUACGUUCAAACUUGGUGAAGUUCUCAACGUCACUGCACAAGUUGAUAUUUGCGGAAGACAUUCCUUAGCCAUCGAAAGCAACUCAAGUAUCUUCAUUUCUGCCGCGUUGAUUCUCGAUUGGUCGCCAGAGCGAAAUCGAAGUGACACGUGGCUUGGUGGUUUCUGUUCACGUGAUUAUGACUUAAACGAAACAUACGGCAAUGGUCCUGGUGGGGGAAGUUGUUAUGGAAGCGCAGGGCAUGGUGGGAUGGGAUUUGAUUUUAAAAGAGGAGUUAAUGAUAUGAAACACGGCUGGCGUUACGCUUUUAAUAAUUCAAACAUGCUGUUGAUUGGUGGAAGUUCAGGUGGAGUCGAGAAGAAGGGGUCAGGUUUUUCCUGUGGUGGAGGAGCUAUUAUGAUCUCCAGUGCGGAGUCCGUUACUAUAGAUUCCAAUAUCUCUACAAGCGCUUUCAAUUUAAACACGAAUGAUAGUUGUAUCUAUGGCGGAAGUGGUGGAACUAUUAUAAUCAAGGCUAAAACUGUAUGUUAG